CGCAGUACGCUUGCGAAUUGCACGACUCAUGGUUCGUUCACCUUUGACCUAUUUUGGGUGUCACCGGCAAGCUAGUUCUGUAUUGGCAAAAUGGCGUCUCACAUAGACAAGAAUUUCCCUGUCGCCGGUCUGUUGCCGAAGAAUGAAACAGGUGCAGCAGCUUUUCUCACGAAGUAUCCGGAGUACGAUGGAAGAGGUGUGGUUAUUGCGAUUCUGGACACCGGUGUUGAUCCAGGGGCUCCUGGAUUGCAGACAACGACAGAUGGUCUUCCCAAAAUACUUGAUAUUAUAGAUGCAACCGGAAGUGGAGAUGUGAUUACAUCAACUGUGGUAGAAGUAAGAGAUGGAGAAAUCACAGGACUGACUGGCAGGAAACUCAAGAUCCCUUUGAAUUGGGAAAAUCCUUCCGGAAAAUACCAUAUAGGAGUGAAGAAUGCUUACGAACUUUAUCCUAAGGGACUCAAGGAGAGAGUACAGAAAGACAGGAAGGAGAAACUGUGGGAUACAUAUCACAAACCUGCGAUUGCUGAGGCAACCCGUAAGCUUGAAGCUUACGAUGCUGCUCAUCCGAAUGUUACCAAGCAGGAAGAGAAGCUGGAGAGAGAGAACUUAGUAGCUAUGUUAGAUGUACUCAACAAUGCAGAUAAGAAGUACUCCGAUCCUGGCCCAGUAUAUGACUGUCUUGUAUUCAAUGAUGGCAACACUUGGAGAGCUGUGAUAGAUACUUCAGCAUGCGGUGAUCUCGCCUCCUGUACUGUACUAGCCAAUUACAAAGAAGAUCAUCAGAAAGCUACACUCAGCAACCUUGAUAUGCUGAACUAUUCUGUGAACAUCUACGAUGAUGGUAAUGUCUUGAGCAUCGUAACCAAUGCUGGCUCCCAUGGUACGCAUGUAGCUGGUAUUGCAGCAGCUCAUUUCGCUGACAAUCCGGAGAAGAAUGGCAUAGCUCCUGGUGCACAGAUUGUAGCUAUUAAGAUCGGAGAUUCACGCCUAGGAUCUAUGGAGACUGGUAGCGCUCUGGUCAGAGCGAUGAUAGCUGUGAUAGAACACAAAGUUGACCUCGUCAAUUUCAGCUACGGUGAGGCAGCCCACUGGCCGAAUGGAGGAAGAGUGUGUGACGUCAUUUCAGAGGCAGUCAACAACCAUGGCAUCAUAUUUGUGUCAUCCGCUGGUAAUAACGGACCGGCGUUGUCUACUGUAGGAUGUCCAGGGGGUACUACAUCAAGUAUUAUUGGUGUUGGAGCAUAUGUGUCGCCUGAAAUGUCUGCAGCUGAAUACUCGCUCAGGGAAAAGCUACCAGGAAUGCCCUAUACAUGGUCAUCAAGGGGUCCUACUGUGGAUGGUGCAUUAGGAGUGAGCAUAUGUGCCCCUGGGGGCGCUAUAACAUCAGUACCAAACUGGACAUUACGAGGUUCCCAGCUCAUGAAUGGUACCUCCAUGUCCUCACCAAAUGCUUGUGGAGGUAUAGGUCUAAUUCUAAGUGGUUUGAAAAAGGAAGGUAUAGCAUAUACACCCCACAGCAUCAGGAGAGCUGUUGAAAGCACAGCACAGAGCUUGGACAAUGUAGAACGCUUCUCACAAGGCUACGGUCUGCUUCAGGUUGUCCAAGCUUUUGAGUUUCUGCAGAAGUACUGUGAUUGCCCUAGCCGGAAUGUGAAGUUCAAUGUAUCAUUCGAUGGAGGACGAGGCAUCUACCUCAGGGAGAAUAACAAGGCGCGAGAAUGCAAUGUAUCUAUUGAACCAGAGUUCGUAGAGGGCACAGAUCCUGCAGAGAAGAUUGCAUUCAAUCUCCACAUAGCCCUAGCAGUAGAGGCACCAUGGGUUCAAGCACCAGCACACCUUGUCCUGAUGAACACCUCAAGAUCAGUCUCUAUCAAGGUCGAUCCUCAAGGUCUACCGGAGGGGGCACACUACACUGAGGUGUGUGGUUUUGACCUGACUCAACCUGCUAAAGGACCACUCUUCAGGAUACCAGUGACUGUGAUAGUACCUCAAGACCUCAACGGUCAGAUUGAUGUGGAGUGGAAUGACAAAGAAUUCAAAUCUGGCCAGAUUAGAAGACAGUUUGUCAGGGUACCUCAAGGAGCUACGUGGGCAGAGAUCAGUAUAACAUCAUUAGAGCGAGAGCAGUCUUCACGGUUCGUCCUCCACACCAUACAGCUGCAGCCUCAGACAGCCUACAGAAACAAUGAAUUCUACAAGUUCCUUUCGCUGCAAGAGCAGUGUGAGGUCCAGCACUCCUUCGCUGUCCAUGGUGGCCAGAUCAUGGAGUUCACCGUAGCUAAGUGGUGGGCUAGCUUGGGAAGAUCAAGGGUCAAGUAUAGUCUAUCAUUUCAUGGGCUACAACCUUCUCAGAAGACAGUGCAAAUGCAUGCUGCUAACGGAGUACGGAGGAUAUAUGUGAAGUCAACACUCAGGGUACAGGAGCUUUGUCCAUCCAUAUCUAUCAAGAAUUGUGUGCAACCUCUCAGGCCUAAUGAAUGCGAGUUGCGCCCUCUUGGUUCAAGGGAUGUAUUACCAAAGGGCAGGCAAAUCUAUGAACUCAUCCUGACCUAUAACUUCCAUCAGAGUAAAACGUCUGAGAUCACACCCAACUGCCCCUUGCUGAGUGAUCUGUUGUAUGAAUCUGAGUAUGAGAGUCAGCUCUGGAUGCUGUUUGAUGGCAACAAACGUUACAUGGGAUCAGGUGACGCCUACCCACAUCAGUACACAUUGAAGCUUGACAAGGGAGACUACACACUGCGCCUUCAGGUCAGACAUGAUAGGAAGGAGAUGCUAGAUAAACUCAAGGACAUGGUACUACUCAUAGAUCAGAAGCUCUCAUCCAGUCUAUCUGUCGACGUCUAUCAAACAGUCAAUGGUGCCCUCAACGGCAAAGCUAAGUUUGGUUCCACCAUGACUGUACCACGAGGUGGCUCCGUUCCUGUCUUUGUACCACCAAUACCCGAUGACAAACUACCAAAGGGUGCCAGCUUGGGACAGAUUCUAACGGGACAAGUCACAUUCGCAAAGAGUGAGCUCGGGAAGAAGGUAAAGGGCAAGAGAGGUCAUGCAGCAGGCUUGGGGUCAGAGGGCAAACGGAACUUGGGAUUAAAGCCUGACACCUAUCCAUUUGUGUAUGUGUUGACUCAAUCACCACACAAGGCCCAUCUACCCAAACCAGAGAAAUCUGCCAAAGAAAAGGAGAAGACUAAAGAAGAGGAGUUUGCAGAAGCAACGAGGGAUAUGAAGAUCAGCUGGCUAUCAAAACUUGAAGGUGAUGAGCUUUACAAGGAGCUUAGUGAGCAGUAUCCCACCCAUCUACCUCUCUAUGUUGCUCAAUUGAACAAGAAAGAAAAUCAGAAGGAGAGAAGCAAAAACCUUCAAGACAUCGUAGAAGCUGCCAAUCAGGUUGUUUCUUUGAUUGACCAAUCCGAGUUGGCUAUGUUUGUCGCAGUAAAGAAUGACACAAGACCGGAUGCUGUCAGCAUAAAACAGGAAAUGGAGAAGCAGAAACAUCAUCUUGUAUCAGCACUAUGUCUAAAGGGUGUUGCUCUGGCAGAUCAGCUUCUAGCUGCAGCUGAGUCAAACCAAGUAGAAAAGGAUUCUUCUACUGCCAUCACUACCACAGCCGCCACCGCCGCCAUUGCCACCGCCACCACUUCAUCUACAACACCUACCACAUCCACAACAACAUCAGUCACUGUACCAUCAGAAGUCAGCUCUUCAACAUGUCCUGAUGAAGACAUGGCACUCAGAGAUGAAAUGGAACAUACUUAUACAGAACUCUUGAAAUGGGCUGAUGCGGAAGAAAAAAAGGUGUUACUCUUCACUACAAGACAUGCUCAGGUCAGCAAACACAAAGGACGAAGACUCAAGUGCAUGCUCAAACAACAAGAGAUGGAAUCUAGACCUACUAAGGAUGGUGAACUUAGGAUUAUAGAGGUGUACAAGUCUUUAGGAUGGGAUCACAUUGUAGAACAUGCUGUCAACUGGCUUCCUGUCAAGUACCCACCCAACUUCAUCUCGUUCUAAACUUGUUUCAAGAUUACAUCUGUCAGGGGUUGAUGAUUCAAUGCUGCAAGCAAGAUGUUCCCCUCACCCAAUAUUCUACUUCAGUCAUCAUUACAGUGCCAUCUCAUUCAAACAGUUGAGAUCAGUGUUACUCAUUGCUUAGAUGGUUGGAAAAGAAGAUGAUAAUGGUCAAAAACAUCUUCUAAUAAAUGAAGAAAAUGAGUGUAAUAAUCACAUGUAAAGUGUGUAAAUGUGAGAAUGUCUUUUUGUGAAUGAUAGUUAAAUAUAAACAUAUUUAAAUGACAAACAUGUUAGAAGCUAGAGUGAUCUAUACAUAAUUUUACAUAGAUAGGACAAACUGGUUAAGAUGCAGUACUUUGAUUAUAGAGUGUAAAUCUCUUUUUACAUUUGCUCUAUAUUUAUUGUAACAUUUUUUCUCAUCUCAGGAUUUUGUGUAGUAUCAAGGAACAGUAUUGUCUCCACCACGAAGACACACACAUUAAUUUGCUGUAAACAAGGUUCUAUUUCAAACUUUCUUCAAUCUGCGAAAUUGUUCUUUGUGGGUUUUUUUACCUUGAUUUUAUUUUGUAUUGUAUAUAUCUUAAUGUUAUAAAUAAUGUCCUUCCAUUGCAUAGACAGAUUUAUGCUUUUCUUUUUCCACUGAGGCAUUGAAUGCAUGUUUUUAUUGAAUAUCCAGAAACUUGACUUUACUUUUACUAGCUUCACUGAGAGUAUGAUGUUGUAUUAUGUAGUUUUUAAAUGGAGAGGUCCUAGGAUUGAUUGACAGGACUUCAGCUUAGCUCUCAAUCUGAUACCACGUACACAUAGUAUUCAAGCAUUUUUUAUUUGUUUUAAUUCUAUCUUCAUUUUUAUUUUUAGGGGAGGGGGGAGUUUUCAUGUAAUAUAAUGACAUAAGGUUCCUAUGUAACAUAUUGGAUUAUCAUUUUAUAUGACACAUAUUCUCCUAGACUCCAGUCAGAGCAAGUUGAGUCUGGUAUACAAUUGGGUAUAUUCUUCAUUUGUAUAGGUUUAGGAUAGGUCUCUUGUGAUUGUUGUCUUUCUAGUCCGUGCAUGUCACAAUUUAUACCAGGUUAGAUUUUUAAAAUUUAUAUAUUUGUAGACUAGUCAAGAAAGUGUAGGAAAAUCUAUUUAAAGACGAAUUUUGAUGUGGAAUGUAGCUUUAAAGAGUGAAUGUGGGUUUUAUUUUCCAGUGACAAUCAUUUUGUUUCAGCUAGUAAAGAAAAUUGUGGAAGAAUACUUAGAAGCGAGACAUGUGUUCCAUAUUCUUGUAAGGUAUUUCACAAUGGUGCGACUACUUCAACUACCACAACCUCUACAAAACAUGCAUACUAAAAUGAUGUCAGCAUGGUCUCUCAUUUUGCAUUUAUUAUAUACAGCACUGAAAAGCAUUUAUAAAAAGGAAGAGUUCUGACAUUUUCCUUGACCAGCAUCAUGAUUCUGGCAAUAUGUUUCAUAGUUCUACUUAGCCUGCAUGAAAUUAUCUUGGCCAUUCGACCUGUAUUUCAUUAUAUCUGUUUUGCCAAAAUUCUGCCAAAAUCUGGAAUUGCAUUGAAAAGGUAAUUUUCUCACUAUACAGGGUGUACCUGAAAAAAAGGAAACAAAAUUUCAAAGAUAAUUUACUCAAGAAUCCCAAACUACAUGUUAUCAUUUCUCUUCUUUCAUAUGGCAGUAAUGAUAUGAUCAAUGAAUCACACAUGAACGAUUUCAGACCAGACAGUCCUAAGUUGCAGUGUUGGGAAUACAAUCAUCAAAAGUAAGCAAAUGGCUUUAUCUUUUAAUUCAUUAAUUAUUUAAAGAAUAGGAAAUGAGUCUGAUGAUUAAUUUGUGUAAAUGCACAUGAUUCAAAAGUUUAUAUUCUAAUCUCUCACAUGUUACCUUAAUUAUAAUGGAAGGAUCAUGCAUGACCAAUGAGACACAAUUUGUAAUCGGUAUUAAAGACACAUGGUUGAGGUCUCAUAUAUGCAAGAUGAAAAUAUGAGUUUUGAAAAGAUGUAUAUAUUUUAACAUUUUAUUAAUUCAAAAUCAUUUUAUAUCUUGAUAUUGGACAAUUUGGGUUACUAACACUGUCACAACAUGCUGUCUGUUACUGGUCAUGUGUGAUUUAUUGAUAAUGUUUUUAGUGUGAAAGAAGAGAAAAUAGGCUUUUCAAUCAUGUGCAUAUUUACUGAGAAAUAAUUUGGAUUUAUCAAGUAAUUCAUCUGUAAUCUUGGGUUUCCUUUUUUCAGGGACACCCUAUCUUAUUAUUAUGAUGAUGAAUGCUGUAUGUUACAUCAAUGAAGGAGACCCUUUUUAUUAGGCCAAAGUAAUGUGUUAUGUUUUUUUAAAGAGUCCUUUGAAAGUUAACAAAAAAAUUACUGGGCUUUCGUGAUAAAUACUUCUGCUUCAAUUGCCUAAACUGUCUGUGCAUUAUGCAAUAUGUUUUCAUAUUUAGAGUUAUCCAUCAUCUGCUUCUCUGUUCUUUACAACCCAUUGUACUCAAAAUUGUCCAUACUUUAAACAGCAGUUCUACUAUUUGUGGCCUACUUGUAUGUUCAUUUGUUAGGGCACCAAAUGUGAUGACAUCUUACAGUUAUAUGAGAUGUGUAGAAGUUUUGUUAGUUAUCCUCAGUCAAGAAAAAAUAAUUUUUAUGAAAAACUGUGUGAUCUAUGAUAAAUGCUGUUCUAGAUUUUGUAGGUGUGUUCAUUUUGGAACUAUUUAAGGACUCCUAGUGUUAUCGUUUCGUGGAUACUUCCAUUUUCUAUUUACUGAAAAUCAGAUGUGACUCAUCUUGUUCUUGUGUUAUAUGAUUUCUACAUUUUGUUUACAUUUAUUAUAUGCAAUUGUUGUUACUGAAAUCGUGUAUGUUUUUCUGAUGUGCAUUCCUUGUCAGAUGUGGCAUGAUAAUACAUAGUAGGUUUUUGUUGUAGAACUUUGUUUUUCCUAUGAGAAACAAAUGUUUUACUAACCAAAUCUAGAUAUUGUGUAUAUUUUGUUUGUGCAUGCUUAAUGGCCUCUUUUUCAAUCAAAUGUUAUUAAAUCAUAUUAAAACAAAUUAGGUUUUGGGACUAGAGGUUCUAUAUGUGCAGUUGACCUUCUUUGCCUACUUGUUCAGAUAUUGUCAAAACUAACAAUUAAACUCUCAGCAAUCUGUGAAAUUGCAUCAAAAUGAUCAAAAUGAUAACCCUA